AUGCAAGGCUCCGUGAUGACGCACGUGAUAUGCCUAUCUUUAACCCUCUGGUCCUACAAAUACCUUAUGAUGAUCACCCUUCAGAACAAAAUUAUUUACAUGCCGAAUAUCCCACCGUUUUCGCGGUCGGAGACUAUCGAUGAUUAUGCGGGGCAAUGCCGGCCUGUACAGUGGACAGAGGAUUCGCUAGUUACGGGUGAUGAUGUGAGGAUUUCGUUAGCUGUUGGGGAGAUUCCGAGGAAUGAAGAUGCACGGCGUGAUGAUGUGGGAAAGGAAGAUGGAGAGAUGGAUGUGGUGGUUUUGUAUUUCCAAGGCAACGCGGCUUCACUUCCGCCAAGGUUCCCAUAUCUUUCAAGGGUCGUGAAAAUGGCAAAUGGAGAUGGAAUGCUCAAUGCCAAGAAUGGACAGAAAAAGAAUAUCACCAUCGUGGCAGUCUCUUACCGCGGCUACUGGACGUCAACAGGCAGUCCAUCGCAGAAGGGUAUUGAGCAAGAUGCGGAUGCUGCGUUGUCAUGGGUUCUGGAGAGAUACUUUCCUUGCGGUUCUCCGCGACGUCGAAAACUGAUGAUAUGGGGCCAAAGCAUCGGUGCGGGUGUAGCAACAAACCUCACAGCGAACUACUUGCACGAUCCGCAUGCAUAUCGAGCACAGUCACAACUAGGCUUACAGAAUGAAAGCGUAACACUCUCCGGCUUAAUCCUCGAAACCCCCUUCACAAACAUGCGCGAUCUCCUCUUCGCCUUCUACCCCCAGAAAUGGCACCCAUACCGCUACAUAAGCCCAUUCGUCCGCUCCCACUGGGACAGUCUCCAGUCGACACAGCGCAUCGCAGAAGCCCCAGCAGACCACAAAAGACCUAGGAUUAUCAUGCUAGAAGCAGGUGUCGAUGAAGUGGUCCCAGCGGGUAACGCAGAGCAGCUGGAGAGACAUUGCAAAAAACUAGGUUUGGAUGUAGAGCGCAAGGUUAUCAGAAACGCGUUGCAUUCGGGUGUUCUUGCGAAGAGGGAUGGUCAGGUUUUGGUGGCGCAGUUUUUGAGGGAUGAUAGUACAUAG